AUGCCAACGAAGUUACAGUCGGUACCGAUGAAGACGAUCUUGAAGACGUUGGUAUCAGUGGGUAACUUUGAGUUGGUGGAGAUCACCGGUUCAUUGUUAUUAACUCAGGACCCGAUAGAAUGGCCGGUUGUGGAUUGUUUAGUAGCGUUUUACAGCAAAGGAUAUCCAUUAGAAAAAGUGUGUGCUUACGUAGCACGCGUGAAUCCGGUGGUGUUAAAUGACGUGAAGAUGCAAUAUAUAUUACGGGAUCGUCGUAAUGUAUAUGCUCGAUUAGUAGCGGCUGGUAUACCGGUACCUACUCAUGUAGUAGUGGAUCAUACAUGUGAACAGAUUGAAGAGUAUGAAGACUUUAUUAUUUGUCGUGGACAGAAAUUAAACAAGCCUUUUGUAGAAAAGCCAAUAGAUGCUGAUGAUCAUAACAACUAUGUAUACUAUCCAACAAAUGCUGGUGGUGGUUGUAAAAAGUUAUUCCGUAAACUCGCUAAUCGUUCUUCAGAAUAUUAUUCGGAUAUUUCACAUAUACGACGUGAUGGAUGCUACAUCUAUGAAGAGUUUUUACCUACACUUGGCACCGAUAUAAAGGUGUAUACUGUAGGGCCAAUGUACGCUCAUGCUGAGGCUCGUAAGUCACCGACACUGGAUGGGCGAGUACAACGAACAGAAAACGGCAAAGAAGAACGUUAUCCAGUUCUACUUACUAAUGAAGAAAAAUGGAUCGCUUAUAUGGUAGUUGAGACAUUCAAACAGACAGUAUGUGGCUUCGAUAUUUUACGUACUACCUCCGGACGUGCUGUAAUUUGCGACGUCAAUGGUUGGUCUUUUGUUAAGGGUAAUCCAAAAUAUUAUAGUGACUGUGCUAAUCUCAUCAGCUCCAUGCUUUUACAUGCAUUGAAACGUCGUCGUGAUCAUACUACCACACAUAGAACCUAUAGUCAAUAUCAUCUUGGCGCUAAAUUACUCCCUCCAAAAAGAGGUGGAUCUAUCCAGCUCAAAAGUAUGGCUAGUGAUUGGCAUCGAGACACAGAUCGAGACAUAGAUCGAGAUAUAGAUCGGGACAUAGAUCGAGAUAUAGAUGUGUUACCGGGAACUGAGCCCCGGUCACCGGAUGAGAAGUCCACUACGGAAAAGUCGGAUAAAUCUUCACCUGAAAAGUCGGAAGAUACUACGACUAGUAGUGGUGGUCGGUUUCAAGAGAAUAACACUCGCGGCAAUGGUGAACUGGGGCGGGUUGAUAUUGUUCGGGAUGUUGGGGAGUGUGUGCCACGACGAAUUGUGGCACGUUCUCUAAGCAGUGAUCGUUCAGUUGUGCGUGGAGUGAGACAGUCAUCGAGUAUGGAGCCUUGGGGUGGAUUGCGUAGUGAGAAGUGUUCUGGCUGGGUAUUGGAUGAGAUAACACGAGAAGAGUUAAUAACGAUGGGAGUACCAGUGAAUUGGUUCGGCAAUGAGGAGGAAGAGGAAGAGGAAGUGUCACAGAAGUUACCUCCAGAGGAGUCUGAGGAGGAGUUACAGACGAUUGUGGUUGUGAUGAGACAUGGUGAUCGAUCACCUAAGCAGAAAAUGAAGUUUGUAACAUCGAACGCGAAAGUUUUAAGGUAUUUUACAGAACGUGCAGAUGGGGCAAGAGCACUAAAAUUGAAGAAUAAACAAGACUUGUUACAGUUUCUGGGACUGGUUGAAAAAUUGGUGGCGGAAGAUUUGGAAGGUGAAGAGGCUGUUUGUUUCGCACGUGUGCGAGACUUACUUAACACAGCAGACGUCGAGAUAACACGAAAGGUGCAAUUAGUGAUACCCAAAGAUCUAUCUAACGAUACAGAUGGGAUCAUGGUAGUUGUUAAAUGGGGCGGAGAUUUAACAUCCAAAGGAUUAGAGAGUUCCGAAUCACUUGGACAUAGGUUACGAGAAAGUCUUUAUCCUGGUGAAAAGGAUGGACUACUUAGAUUACACUCUACCUUUAGACAUGAUUUCAAAAUGUACACCUCGGAUGAAGGACGAUGCCAACUCACUGCUGCUGCUUUCACCAAAGGCUUCCUUGACUUAGAUGGAGAUCUCACACCUAUUCUUAUACAGAUGGUCGCUAGAGACGAACGCGGACAAGAAUUGUUUUAUGAAGGAGAAUAUACACAAACUGUGAAAUCAUGUAAACAAAUGAUUCAGGAAAUGGUCAAUACGGAUCAUGAACCAACUGCCUGUUGUAAACUCUUCUUUCAACCACGAUUCGCCUUCGUUAAAUGCCCCGUUUGCUGCCCAGACGACGCAUAUCAACUCACCACCAACGAAUCUGUUAGUCCGGAUCACAUUACUGAUCACAAUCUCUGUCCUAAUCUCAGUCCACCCGCGAUCGCCGUUUGGCAAUCGUUGCUAAAAGGCUAUCAUAAUGCGCUGGUUAAAAUUGGGCCAUUCCAUACCAGAUUGAAGAAGAUUAAUAGCACGAUUGAAGCCCUCAUUUUGAAGAUCCGUGCGUGUAUAACAGAUAUAAGUGAGAUGCCUGAAGAUGUAAUGAGUAAUGAGUUAAAGCGGACGCAGAAGAAGCUUAAUUCGAUGCUUGCUCGCUGGACUUUGUUGAAGAAUUCGUGGUGGAAGGAUGGGAAAUUUGACGCGACGAAAAUUCCCGAAGUUUACGAUAAUUCGCGGUUUGAUGUGUUGCAUAGCCACGCCUUUUUGCAUUAUGCUGACGCUCAUUCAUUGAUUAAGGAUGUGUUCACUCUGACUGAGAAUAUUGGUCCUUUGGUAUCAGCUUUGGAGUUUGGUGUGACUCCAGAUGACCGUGUGGAGAUUGGAAAAAAGACAGUGCCAAAAUUACUCAAGAAGAUUUAUGAUGACAUUGUGUUCCAAUAUCUAAAGCAGACUGAUGAGGUGCAGGCUCAUCAACCAGAAGUGUUGGACACAUUGGACCGCGCGGAUCGCGAGCACAUUAUUCUGCGUAAGGCGGAAGCGCGCCGUAUGGGCAUCAAAAGUCCGUGGCGUAAAGUACGCAGUCGCUAUUAUGCAGCUUCUGCCAGCCACGUAAUGUCGCUCCUGAAUGUACUUACCUACGGCCAGUUCAUAAGUAAACAAACCGUUGGCCACAACCGGAACGCUUCCGAAAUAUCCUCCACCACCACCACUACUCAGAACCACACAAACCCCAGUUCGAAUCCCCAGCUCGGUUCAAAUCACAAAUUUGGUUCAAAUUCCUCCUGCCAAGGCGUAGACGACACGUGCUACAUCCCACCUCUGUACAUCACCGCCGGCGACGCGCCGUACUUAUCACACAUCAGCAUUCGUGUGUGGCGUCCCGCUGCCGGCAAACACGCCAAUAAUCUCACACUGCGAGACCUCCGAGUCGAGCUUUGCUGGUCCUCCGGCCCGAAUCUCAUUCGCUGCACAGCCGCCGAUUUGGCCAACGUCCUACGCCAUGGGUUCAGUAGCAGGAAACAAGCCACAGAAUUAAGCCCCCUCACCACCCGCCGACUAGCGAAACCUUCCUGA